UUCGUAUUUCUAUUCUUCUCCUCAUAUUCCUCCCGUUCUCUACAACCGUAUCGUGUCCGGCACAAAUUUCCUAAUACUCAUAAGAGUUGAGAGCUCUACAAAGAACAACAGUGCAAAACAGAACUCAUUGCUCUCAUAAAUUCAACCUAAACGAAGAAUGAAAUUUAGGGCUCCGAAGACGAUUUUCAUAUUGCCUUCAACAUCCUGCCACCUGAAUUCUUCUCUUCGUAAUCACAAUCGAAGCUUCGCUUCCGUUUUCAGAAGGUUUCAAACUUCCCUACAAGCUCGAGCUUCUGUCGGUGGCGGAAAUGGCAGUUCUUCUCAAGGCGAUUCUUAUUUGGUUCCUGGUGCGACGGUGGCUACCUUACUAAUGCUUGGUGCACUUCAUGCUCGUCGGCUAUACGAUGAUAAGAAGGUUGAAGAGGCACGGGAGAGAGGCAUAGAGCCCGAGUUCAAGUCGGACAUUAAAGCAACGUUUUUGAGAUUGAUACCUUUACGUUUAGUUUCAAGAUGCUGGGGUCACAUAACUAAUGUGGAACUUCCUAUCUGGCUGCGACCAUAUGUGCAUAGGGCAUGGGCUCGGGCAUUUCAUUCAAAUUUAGAAGAAGUAGCUCUUCCUCUGGAUGAAUAUGCUUCAUUACGUGAGUUCUUUGUGCGCUCCUUAAAGGAUGGUUGCCGGCCCAUUGACCCUGAUUUACAAUGUCUGGUUAGUCCGGUGGAUGGUACAGUUUUAAGAUUUGGUGAACUGAAAGGAGCAGGUGCAAUGAUCGAGCAAGUUAAAGGAUUUUCAUAUUCUGUUGCUGCUCUUCUUGGUACUGGCUCUUUACUUCCCAUGAUGGCAGCAGGGGAUGGCAACGAAGAGGGCAGUGGACAAGAAAAUAGUUCUGCUGAUAGUGGGAAAAGAUCAUGGUGGAAAAUUUCUCUGGCUUACCCUAAAGUUUUGGACCCCGUCUCUACAUGCCCAGUGAAAGGUCUUUUCUACUGUGUAAUAUACUUGAAGCCUGGAGAUUACCAUCGAAUACACUCACCAGUUGAUUGGCAGGUUCUUGUUCGGCGCCAUUUUUCGGGUCACCUAUUUCCUGUGAAUGAGCGCGCUGUUAGAACUAUAAGGAACUUAUAUGUUGAGAAUGAAAGGGUUGUGCUAGAAGGUCUAUGGCAGGAAGGAUUUAUGGCAAUUGCUGCUAUUGGAGCAACAAAUAUUGGAUCCAUCGAGGUUUUCAUUGAGCCAGAGCUUCGUACAAACAAACCGAAGAGAAGAAAAUCACUCCAUUCAGAUCCUCCCGAGGAAAGGGUAUAUGAACCUGAAGGCGUGGGGAUAAUGCUGAAAAAGGGGGAUGAGAUGGCAGCUUUCAACAUGGGAUCAACGGUGGUACUCAUCUUCCAGGCUCCUGUUUCUAAUUUACACGAAAAUGUUGCCUCCAGAUCAGAAUUCAAGUUUUCGAUUAAACGUGGAGACCGAGUCCGAGCCGGAGAAGCACUGGGAAGGUGGAAAUAAUUCUUAACGAGAUUUGACUUUAUAACCUUCUUUACCUAUUCACUCUAUCUAUUCAUAUACAGUACUCUCAGGACAAUUUUCACAACAAAUAUACUAAUAUUAUGAGUUGUUGCUUUCUUUCUCUUA